GAUGAUUACCAUAACUUGGGUUUGUGCCAUUUUCUCCGGUGCGAAUUAAAGCACCACUUAUUGGUAGUAUUUGUCCGUUUUAGACUAAUUUAACGGCAAAUGCCGGUAAAUCCCAUUAUGGGACUUUUAUUCAUCAAUUAUUUGAUUAUUGGACUUUCCAACUACUAUUCAAUGUGGUCUAUCUAUUGGUCCUCCAAUCUCGUGGAGUUAAAUGUCUUAACCGAUGCCCGGUCUACUAGAGACAUCGAGAGAGUAUUGAACAUUUAUUCUUCAGAUGCCCCCUGGCCACCCAAUUAUAGUCCAUAGUGGGUUUAAGCAACUUCAAUGAUUCCGCCCCGACUAUUUAUUUUAGUCUAUUGUGGCGACAUGUCAUGAUCUCUGAGAUCUCCCCAACCACAUUCUCCAAUGUGUCUGUUUACUUUGGAGAAUCUGGAAGUCUAGAAAUAAAGUGACUUUUGAAUUCUACCAACCUCAUGUAUGUAUCCUUGUCAGUCAAUUCUACAACCAAAUCCUUGAAGUCUCCAAUUUCCAUCCCCUCCUCCAUCCCCCAUAUCGCUCCUCCCAAUCCUCCUCCCGCCUCUUGGGAACCUCCACUAGACGACUAUUUGAAAAUCCACUUCGAUGCAGCUGUUUGUGUCUCUGGGUGCUCGUUUGGUCUUGUUAUCCGUGGGACAGACGGGCAUGUGGUGUUGGCAGCCUGUGUGCGUCACCAGGGAGUAGUCAACCCCUAUUUGGCAGAGCUCCUAGCAGUAAUAGAUGUUAUCUCCAACGUCGCCUCAAGAUCCUUGACACACGUGUUAGUGGAAGGUGAUUCCGAGGUGGUUGUCAACCAGAUCCGGCAAGGUGUUCUAGAAGUUUUCUUUGGAGGUCCGGUGCUCUGGGAGUGUCAUCAGAUCAAUAUUCUCUUUGUCAGUUUGUAUAGAGUUUAGGGCGGUUCCUAUAGCCGCCACAAUCUUGCCCAUAGAGUGGCGCAUAAGCCGUAAAGCACUGCUAUUGUCUCUCAUAAAGCUAGAGUCUUUCAAAAAAUUUGGGUGAUUUUACUAGGGCAUUACUUGUUGGGGGUUACGUUUGUAUAACUCUUGUCCUCUCUUGAUAUGACUCACAAAUAAAUAAAUAAAUAAAUAAAUAAAUAAAUAAAGUUGGA